AUGGCGACGACAUCGAGAUCAGGUGGCGGUAGCAGUGGCGGAAGUGGGAGGACGCGCGUAGGGAGGUAUGAACUGGGUAGGACGCUGGGCGAAGGGUCAUUUGCGAAAGUGAAGUUUGCAAGGAAUGUCGAGACAAGUGAGAAUGUGGCCAUCAAGAUUCUUGAUAAAGAAAAAGUUCUUAAGCACAAGAUGAUUGGCCAGAUUAAGCGUGAAAUCUCCACCAUGAAAUUAAUCAGACACCCAAAUGUCAUCCGCAUGUAUGAGGUUAUGGCCAGCAAAACGAAGAUAUAUAUUGUUAUGGAAUUCGUUACUGGAGGUGAACUCUUUGACAAAAUUGCUACUAAAGGCAGGCUGAAAGAAGACGGAGCAAGAAAAUAUUUUCAGCAGCUCAUCAACGCAGUAGAUUACUGCCACAGCAGAGGCGUUUACCACAGAGACCUGAAGCCAGAGAAUUUAUUGUUGGAUGCCAAUGAAGUUCUUAAAGUUUCAGACUUCGGAUUGAGUGCUCUACCUCAGCAAGUUCGGGAAGAUGGGUUACUUCACACAACAUGUGGAACACCAAAUUAUGUUGCUCCUGAGGUGAUCAACAAUAAAGGUUAUGAUGGAGCUAAGGCAGAUCUCUGGUCAUGUGGUGUUAUCCUUUUCGUCCUUAUGGCUGGCUAUCUGCCUUUUGAAGAAUCAAACCUUAUGGCAUUAUACAAAAAGAUAUUUAAGGCUGAAUUUUCAUGCCCUCCUUGGUUUUCCACCAGUGCAAAGAAAUUGAUCAAGAAGAUCCUGGAUCCCAAUCCAUUGACGCGUAUCACAAUUGCCGAGGUACUUGAGAACGAUUGGUUCAAGAAAGGAUAUCAGCCACCUGUUUUUCAACACGAGGAUGUUAGUCUUGAUGAUGUUAAUGAUAUUUUUAAUGAAUCAAAGGAAUCUCCUAACCUUGUCGUGGAAAGGCGGGAGGAACGCUCCACCACACCAGUGACAAUGAAUGCCUUCGAGCUUAUUUCCAAAUCUCAGGGUCUCAACCUUGGUUCUCUCUUUGAAAAACAAUUGGGACUCGUUAGAAGAGAAACGAGAUUCACAUCCAAAUCUCCUGCAAAUGAGAUAAUCUCAAAAAUUGAGCAAGCUGCAGUGCCUUUGGGGUUUGAUGUGAAGAAAAACAACUAUAAGUUGAAACUUCAUGGGGAGAAGACUGGGCGCAAGGGUCAUCUAUCGAUUGCAACCGAGAUUUUUGAGGUGGCUCCUUCACUUCAUAUGGUCGAGCUUCGCAAGGCUGGAGGAGAUACCUUAGAAUUUCACAAGUUCUACAAGAACCUCUCAACUGGGCUGAAAGAUAUUGUCUGGAAAUCAGGUGAUGAAGUGAAGGAUGAAGAAGUGAAUAGUGGUGCGGGUGGAGUUUCAUCUUGA